AUGCAUUUGCUCAAAACACUCAAGCAAACUAACCUAGAUAUCCGGAUACUAUGGACAUCGGUGUUUCUUCGAAUGGCCAGCUAUGGUCUUACUAACCAGAUACUUGCAGUAUACCUCAAAAAGAUUAAAAUCUCUGAAUUUGAGAUUGGACUUUUCAUGACACUCACACUCGUUGGAGAUACCAUCAUCUCGUACUUUCUCACGUGGAAUGCGGACCGCAUUGGCCGUCGUAAAGUAAUGCUCAUUGGGUCCAUAAUGAUGUUUCUUUCAGGAAUAGUAUUCACCUACUCGACAAAUUACUACAUUUUGUUGGCAGCAGCCAUCUUUGGUGUCAUUUCUCCAUCUGGUGACGAGACAGGGCCAUUCAAAUCUGUUGAGGAGGCAUCAAUGGCCCACUUGACUCCGCAUAAUCAUCGCCCAGAGGUGUUUGCGUUUUAUGGAUUGUUUUCCACUGCGGGAGCUGCAGUGGGAUCAUUAAUUUGUGGAUUCUUAGUUGACUUUAUGAAUUUGGAGCUUACCUGGAGCUUAAAGAGAAGCUAUCAGAGUAUCUUUAUUGUCUAUUCGAUAAUAGCCGUAGUCAAGUUUAUCUUGAUGCUGUUUUUAUCAGAAAAGUGUGAAGUGUUUGUGGAUAAUUUUACGGAAGUGACUGAACAUUCCAUGUUGGUUGAGGAGGAGGAGGAGGAGGAAGAAGAAGAAGAAGGGGAAUCAGGCAAAUCUAUGUCCUUAUCUAGCACCACCAGAUACUACUUGCCAAGAUUGUUGGUCAUAUUUAUGCUAGACUCCUUGGGAUACGGGUUCAUGCCCUCAGCAUGGGUGGUCUACUACCUCAAGUUCACUUUUGAAUUGACCGCCAAGGCAUUGGGUAUAUUGUUCUUUGUGACCAAUCUGGUUGACGCUGUCUCUUCUUUGCCUUCGGCAUAUUUUGCCAAAUAUUUAGGUCCCGUGAAAGCUAUCCUAUUUACGCAAGCGCCAUCAGCGAUAUUUUUUGGUCUUGUUGCCUUUAGUCAGCUGUAUAUCGUUGUAGCAGCUUUGUUGUUGCUUUACUACCUAACUUCUACUAUGGACGUUGUACCUCGACAAGUAUUAUUGACGUCUAUUAUGCCAAAGGAGGAGAUAACAAAGGUGAUGGGCAUUGUCAAUAUCGGCAAGACAUUUGCAAGGUGCAUUGGCCCUAUUUUUACAGGAAAACUUGCAGAACAAAACAAGUUGCGAUACGGGUUUAUCAUCAACGGUGCAUGUGUUCUCUUUGCCGAUGUCAUACUCGCAAUUAGUUUUCUUCAUCUCGACCAUGACAUUUUGCUCAAGCAACGUGUAGACCAAAAUAUAGAGUAA